CGUUGUGGAGGAGGUUGGUGACUCAUCUUGUCCGGAUCGGAUGUUGGAGGCAGACUGCAGAGCCGGCCCGGCAGCACAGCCAGCAGCCGCCAUCCGCCAUCACCACUCGGCACUCGAUUGUUUUCCUGUCUGGUGUGUUGGUGUUUUCACGUUCGUUUGACAGUUACCCCGUUCGCGCUACCUGACGUUCGGCCGUCGCCGACCCGCAGUCUCGCAGUCCGGCCCAUUCAACUAAAUUCUUGCGUCAGCUGCUGGACAGCUUGGAGUGAUCAGUGAACUUAUCGGACUUGAGAAAGGGUGAAUCGCAUUCUGCAAGGAUGGAUACUGAAGAAGCGAAGGCGUUCAAGAGUGAGCUAUCCCCGAAGCACGACCCCUUGGAUGACUUCCUUGGUGGGGGCAGUCGUCUUGCUGAGAACCCUCAGCACUUUGCCGAGCCACUCAGAGACGACAAACGCCUCCACGAAUCUCCCUCACCAGCUGGCAAGGACAUCAUGGAUACUAUGUCGUUCUUACAUCACGAGUCUCAGCCGCAUUUCACUCCUGCUGCUGGAGACAAUUUUAUGGAUCGUCAGUUCUCAGGAUCUCCUGUUGAGAAAGAAGAUUAUAGUCUCGAGGAUGAGGUGAUUCGCCACGAAACUCCAUCUCCAGACCUAUUACCCGAAACCAAACCCCAGCUCCCUGCUUUCAAUGACCCACUGGAUGAUUUUGGAUUCUCUCCCAAGAAAAGUGCUCCUCCACCAAACCCAGAUCCUCUCGAAGAUUUCUUCUCCAAACCUUUGCCCAGGGAGCCUUCGCCUGAUCCUUUCAGGGAGCCCUCACCUUCGUCAUUCCGUCAGCCUUCUCCUGUGGUUGUCAGGGAACCCUCCCCUGAGCCUUUCCGAGAGCCCUCACCUGUCAGAGAACCCACCCCUGUCCGGGAUCCUACUCCAGAGCCUCCUCCAAAGCCCCAGGCAGCACCCAUUCCGUCUUUCAAGGAGUCCGAGAAGAAACCUGAGAAGAAGGAAGUCAAGGAGCCUGAACCUAAACCUGUGGUUUCCAAGCCCUCCUCACCACCACCUGCACCUCCAAAGAAGGUCGCUUCUGGUGAUUGUAAGAGCUGCGAUGGUUUAGCCAUCUGGUUCAACCCACAGAGGAUGCACCCGCAAGUGGAGGCGCUGGUGUACUGGAGGGAUCCCAAGAAAUCGGGCAUCGUCUUCGGAGGAGUGAUGGUGGUCCUCCUCUCCCUCACCUUCUUCUCAUUCAUCAGUGUUGUGGCUAACCUUUCCCUCCUGGCCCUCGCUGCCACCUUCUGUUUCCGAGUCUAUAAGUCAGUUCAGCAGGUGAUCCAGAAGACAUCAGAUGGACACCCUUUCAAGGAAAUUUUGGAAAUGGAUCUUGCCCUGCCAGCUGAAAAAGUACGAACGACGAGCGACCUAGCUGUCACUCACAUUAACGCUGUUGUUUCGGAGCUUCGUCGUCUCUUCCUUGUGGAGGACUUUGUUGAUUCCAUCAAGUUUGGCUUCUGCCUGUGGAUGCUCACCUACUUAGGAUCCUGGUUCAAUGGCAUGACCCUCAUCAUUCUUGGUGUUGUGGGUCUGUUCACCCUCCCUAAGGUGUACGAAACCAACAAGGUCGUUAUUGAUGAGAAGAUCGCCUUAGUUUCAGGCAAAAUUAACGAGAUCACAGCCAAAGUGAAGGCUGCCAUUCCCAUUGGCAAGAAGGCGGAAGAGAAGAAGGAGCAGUAAAUGGGAGCAUGAAGAAGCCCAGAUUGGGUUUUGUGAAAAGAACCAGAAACGGAGGACUAAUGGGCAGUGUUCUGCAAUGCCUCUGAAUAGCAUUAGCUAUAAAUUUUUUAAUACGAAACUUAAUUUAACGAAACGCAAAUGUGGCUCGACUUGUUUUAAACAGCGUCCAACCAGAACACUCCUUGAGUGUCCGACAUCUGUUGUAUGAUAUGGCUGUUAAAGCUCGUUGUUGUUCGUUGUUUUUUUUUUAUCUACCACUGCAUUAAUUUUAUUUAUUUGUGAAUUCCUUUAUUUCUUUUUUAUAUAUUAAAUUUGUAAGAAUUGUACCGCAAUGAUGAGUGUGUGAGCGCACACUUUUCCUGUUACUGCCAAGCAAGUAUCCCAGUUUCCCCUCCCCUCCCCUCCCCUUCCCCCUCCCCCACCCCUUGCUCCUGCUUUCCCUCUCCUCUGUUUUCAAAUGAAUCAAUUUUCCUUAGUGCCUGCUUUGCUCCCCUUUCCUAGCCCUCUCCUCGUCCCGUCCUUGAUCUCCUUCCUCUCCUUCAAGAAAGCAUUUUGUAUUUGUAUAUCUUCUCCAAAUUGAAUAUAAGUGUGAUUUUUACCAGAUCAUAUUCAUAUAGUUUAUGUGAUACGUGUAUGUUGGAAAAAUCUUCAAAUUUUAAUUGUAAAAUGUUAAAAUGGUUGUAUAAAGUUUGAAGAAGGAAGAUAAAACAGUUGUGGAACAAGUA